AUGAGAUUUGUUGCAGCCUAAUAUACUACUGCUAAAUUGAUGAGUCAAAGAGAUCAGUGUCUCAUUCAAAAUCAGAGAAGCACUAGACUAAAGAGCAACCUAAUUCAAAAUUGUAACAGAUGA